AUGGAGACUGAGGAUGUUUUGCCCUCGGCGUCUGCAAUACCUCUCACUGUGCAACACUCAGCCAAUCCCGCCGAAUCUAAUACCUUGCGAAACCAUAUCACCACGCUCAACAUGAUGGAUCCCUGUGCGCACAUUCCUUCAACAUCCAGUACACCGAUGGAGACCGAGGAUGCUUUGCCGUCAACGUCUGCAAUACCCACCACUGCCCAAAAGAAUGCCCUGCGACAUCGUGAGUACAGAAAACGAGUAGCAGCUAUUAGAACCCCAGAACAGGCCGCGGCGUUUGCAAGAAAAGCCGCUGAAAGACAACGCAAAGCGUACCAUCUACGUAGAGCUGCAAAUUUAGCUCUCGCCAGCGGCACGGUGGAGACAACUAAAAUUGUACAAACCAGCGCUCAGCGAAAACGUGCAUCUCGACAGCGUCAAGCCGAACGAGCUAGGAGUGCUGCACAACCCAGUACUUCAUCGAAUCAAGCAGCAGUGCACCAAAGACAAACUAACUGGUCUACAAAAUGGUCUUCGUCAAUACAACGAUUCAAAUCUCUUUUCCUGGAUAACGAUUUUGGCCAUACUUGUUCGGUUUGCGAUAGAUUAUGGUUCAGAAAUGACCUUAAAGCCAUCACUGCUGUACAAAUGCAGAUAAUCUCAGAUUGGUGUGUUAAGGAAAAUCGGCAAGUACACGCCCAGGAAUUUACAUUGGUUUGCGCCAACUGUAGACGCUCGCUGAAUACAGGAAAGCUUCCGAGUCUUGCGAAGAUGAACGGCUUCACAUAUCCUGAGGUACCUCCAGGUCUACCGCCAUUGGAUCCAAUCAGUGAACGGUUGAUCUCACCACGUCUGCCAUUUAUGCAAGUACGUCGACUCCGUCAUGACUUCUCAUGUGGGAUCAUUGGACAAGUGAUCAACGUUCCAGUCGACGGGCAAGAAAUGAUGAAAUGCUUACCUCGGCAACUGGAUGAGGACGAAGUAAUCAAUGUCAACAUAGAACGGAAUCUUGCGCACAAAACGAAUUACGUUAGCGGAUACACGUCUGAACGUACGAUCAAGGAAUGGUUGGAUGUACUUCAGAAGUCGAGCCUUUAUCGUUUAUACGAUAUCAAAGUAGAUAUGUCGAAGCUACAGCUUACAGUGAAAUCAGAAGAAAUCCUGCCGGAUGAACCUGGUCCUCGCAUCGAAGCAAUUUCUGCUGAAUAUACACCUGAAUCUGAAAUUCUUGCUGCUAGACAGCACACACUAUUGUGGAACGAAGAGGAUUGUCUUGACAUCGCACCAGGACAUCGGGCAACGCAUCUCAACAUCUUUUCUGACCGUCAUGCUGAAGAAUUAUCAUUUCCUGCAAUAUACUUCGGAGAACCACGUCGUUUCAACAUGGGAGUUUCGGUGACACCUUAUAUGAUGGUGACCAGUGAAAUAAGACGAAGUGACAGACGCGGCGCCAGGCCUCAAAAGAUCUUGUACAUUGCUAUGAAGAUCUUACGUCUACGCAUGGUGGAUGGAAUUUACAGCACGUUCCGGAAAGUGCCGGGUACAGAAAACGUAACUCGACGAAUGUUAGAAGACCCAGAAUUCCUUAAAGCAUUUGUUAUACCCAACCUUGGCUUUAUGAAAUCAGUGCCAAACUCCGUCCAGUACUGGGCCUCUCGCAAACGGGAUCUCUUUGCUAUGCUCCGUCAACUUGGGAAGCCGACCAUCUUUCUCACUCUAAGUGCAAAUGAAGUACGCUGGUUGACAUUACUGAACUUACUCCUCAAAUUGAGUAACAAAUAUCCUGGCAAAGUUGCUGAAGAUCUAAACACAUCAGAGCGGUGCAGCUUAGUGACUGACGAUCCAGUUACGUGCUGCAUAUAUUUUCACAAACUUGUUGGUACACUGAUGAACAUGUUGAAAGCGAAGUCGAAUUAUAAUAAUCCGUUCGGCCAAUACUUUGUUAAGGAUUAUUUUCUUCGCAUUGAGUUCCAGCAUCGCGGAAGUCCCCACGCUCAUAUUUUACUGUGGUUGAACAACGACCCCAUCGAAACCGUUUCAGAAAAUAUGCCCAACACCAUCGAACUUGUGGAGAAAAUAAGUUCAGUUGCAAAAGAAGAUGUGCCUAACGAUACCAUCUACUCCAACCAAAUACAUAAGCACACUUUCACCUGCACGAAACGAGGCGAAACGACUUGCAGAUUUGGAAUCCCGUACUGGCCAAUGCUGACUACCCGUGUAUUGGUACCAAUGCCAAAAACUGAUGGACGCCGCGUUGCAUUCCAGAAAAAGGGUAAAGAGCUAAGAACUUCCCUUAGCGACCGUACAUAUGCUAGCAUGGACGACUUUCUGAGGGAUCAUAGUUUGACGUUCGAUGCAUACCUCGACGUAGUGCGUUCAACUCUGUCCAGGCCAACAUUGUUGUUCAAACGCAACUUUGACCAACUGAUGACGAACACAUUCAACCCUUACCUUGCUGGUGAAAUGAAUUCCAACAUUGACAUCCAGUUUAUCUUAGAUGACUAUAGCUGCGCGCAGUACGUCGUGGAAUACGUUAGCAAAUCGGCUCGCGGAAUGGGUAACUUGAAUCGAGAGCUGGCGAAAAUGAUGCAAGAGCAUCCUGACCGGGACUACACGGGCCAAUUGAAGGCUUUGAGUAUUAAACUUCUAAAUGCAGUUGAAAUGUCGGCCCAAGAAGCAGCGUGGUUUUUAUUACGACAACCGAUGAGCGAAACAAGCCGUCAAGUAGUGUACAUACCAACAGUAUGGCCAUCGGAGAGACAACGUUGCCGCAAACGUCGUGUACAAAUGAAUCGCGAAGGAAUUGAUGCUGACAGUACAGAUGUAUGGAUCAAAAAUAUCAUUCAGCGAUAUGAAGAACGACCUCCUUCCUUGGAACCUGUAUAUUUGGCCGAGUUUGCUUCGUGGUAUGCUAAAUGUCAAGAUUUCAUCGACACUAAAGACGACGUGGACCUGCAUGAGUAUGAAAAUUUGGAACCAGAGACCGAAAAAGAAACGAAUUCAAGACAAUAUCGCAGACGACAAAUGGGACGGAUCAUACGAUACAGGCAUUACGAAGAACAUGAAAUUGUCGACUAUCAACGUGAGAUGGUGCUGCUGUAUCUGCCCUUCCGCAAUGAAUUAUCUGAAAUUAUUGAUUGCAAUAAAUUUCUACAAUUAUACAACGACAACAAGAAUGUCAUCGUGGAACGUAGUCAGAUAUACGAGAAAAAUCUUAACAUCGACAGUGUGCUACAGGAGCUUGAAGCAAUGACGAUUCUGCAAAAUUCUAACAGCACAGAACCCAUGGAAACUGAGGCAAGGAGAGUGUCUGUCGAACAGUCUUCAGAAGGUGCCGAAAAUAACGAUGACGUGAAUCAAAUCGUUCCACGAGAAGGAUUUUCGGUUGUAAAGAAUUGUCCACCACUUCCGAUUAACAAUUAUGAGUGCAUAUCUAGGAAUAAUCGAACUGAUUCAGAUACCAACGCAGCUGGAGGAGUUGCAAUCUAUCGCAGAUUAUCAUGGCCGUCUACAGCCGAAGUGGUUGAAACUGCGAUUACAGACUCAACUCGUCACAUCAAAACCUCAGGAGAUGUGUGCUUGACUGAAGUUACGUGCUUUACUGCAGAUACACCCUUCAAGUUCGUGCUCGGCGCUAUAAACGUUCAUGCAGGAGCUAGUACGCAAAACGUCGGCAUGUUACUCUGGCAAGCACUCGGUCCGUACAUUCACAACACCCAGUACGUGCCCCCGUUCCUUCAAGUUGAUUCUAAUAUACCCAUUCUUCUGUGUGGUGAUUUCAACAAAAACCUUAAGACAGAUGACUCAUUCCUCAGAUUCAUGAAAGAAACGUUCAAUCUUGAAAACUUGUCCGAUGUUUCAAAGUCUACUACGUUAAAAGGAACAACCACCGACCUGACUUUUGCAAGGCACAUAACAGCUGAAAACCUUCCUUUUAUUUCUUACUUUUCCUAUCAUCGUCCUAUCCUGAACAGAAUUACCCAGAUUGGAAAGAGAUAA